AUGCCCCGAGAAAACAGUCUGAGCGACUCUGAGGGCAGGUCACUCACUUCUAACGAGUCAGAAGAGGAUGCCUUCGCAAUAUCGCCAGCAUCUGCGAAUUACUCUCAACUGCCUGAGGUAGCCUCUCCCUAUCGCGCUGACCUAUCGCGAAUCAAGACACAGUCCAGGAAAUCAAUACACUCCAAGGUUUCCAAGGCCGUUCCUUCGCCAGCUGUCCAUCAAGCGGGCUUUGCGACGAUGACACCAAAGGACAAAUUCCGGGCAGCAGUGCGCAAGGUCAUGGCCAUGAGGCGUGGCACGACAUUGUUAGGGAACGUCGGAGGCAUUGGAGCAGAGCCGGGCAUUGACCCUCGUCGUCCCGCUGUGGACGCUGCGUACAGUCAUAUCAAGGAGCAAUGCCAAAUUGAGAUUAUGGACUACUCGGCCAUCCGAAACACGACCCGACAUAUGGAUAACGCGCAAUUUAUUGAGUUCAUGGGAGACCUGGAUUCGCCCGAGUUACCGCAGAGGGAUCCGUGGGUUAAAGUGAGGUGGAUUAAUAUUGGUGGUAUUAGCUGGGAUGUGAUUCGGGCGCUGUCGAUCAAGUAUAAUUUGCAUCCGCUCGCUUUAGAAGAUGUCUUCCACGGCCAUUCUCGAAAUCGUAGCAAGGCAGACUAUUAUUCCAAGCACCUCUUUCUUCGUAUCCUUUGCCACGAACUUCUCGAUGAUGAAGAAAAAAGAUCUAGGGCGGCAUUUACACAAUACACCACUGGACCUCGAUCGAAUUCUCCAGAACCUCUGGAGAGCUAUCCUGACGAAGAAGAGGAAAAAGUGAAUAUGGACGAUUCUGAAGAGCUUAAAAAGCCAACAAGCUCUUUCCCUUCUCGCGCAGCCACGCUUGUUCAACGACGUGGGCAGCCGUCACUUUUGCCGACCAAUCGGAACGACUUGAAGGGGGCAUACAACACCGGAAAGAGGUCCCCAACAGGAAGUAAUCUUUCAACGCUGGUAGCCAGGGAAGGAGCGCUCCAGCUAUCUCGAGAAGAACAAAAACAGGAUGAAGCAGCGAUCGAAGCUCUGAAAAAGGGAUCUCGCAUCAACGUGGAUGUUACGCCUAUGUUCUUCUUUUUAUUCAGAGAUGGCACUAUUAUCUCGAUCCGACCCAUCCCCAACCUUUCCCUAACGCAGCCUAUAUCAUUUCGGCUGAAGAGUCGCGAUACUGUACUGCGAAAAUCGGCAGACCCAUCUCUCUUGCUCCAUGCUUUGCUUGACCUUAUCGUCGACAAAGCGGUUCAGGUCAUCGAGGCGUAUCACGCGAAAAUUCACAAGUUCGAAAAGGAGAUCCUUUUACGACCGCAAAUGAACACUGUUAGAGACUUGCAUAUCCUCUCCGGCGAUCUCAUCCUCCACAAACGCACGCUUGACCCCAUCAAAACGCUUAUCUACGGGCUGAGACGAUACGACGUCGAUCGGUGUGCGGCUCUCAUCGAUAGCUCAGAUCCCGCAAACAAGGAUGUGAGAGUAGUGGGGUUCAUGAGCCAUAAGGCUAAGAUUUAUCUUGCUGAUGUUUAUGACCAUAUGGACUACAUCUUAACUAGCCUGGAUAUGUUCGCCGGGAUUGCCCAAAAUUUGAUAGAUUACACCUUCAACAUGUCUUCGUAUGAGAUGAACGAAGUAAUGCGUCGUUUAACCAUGGCAACAAUCAUAUUUUUACCUUUGACUGUCCUCACCGGCUACUUCGGAAUGAACUUUUCAAGUAUGUGGUCCGUUGACAAGCACACCGACCUUCUGUUUUGGGAAAUUGCCAUACCCAUCAUGGUUGUUACGCUACCUCUGGCGCUAUGGGGAGACCUCAAAAAGUUCUGGCAUUAUAUCCACAAGAGGUCAGCAGCAACAAAAGCGAUUAAGACGAUGUAA